GGGGAGAGGAGAGGAAGUUCUGUUCCACAAGAGGAUGUGUGUUGCACAAGUGGAAUGACAGCAUCGACUAGAAAACUGCCUUUAAAAGGAAGGAUUAAAACUACGACAGAAAAUGUUGUUUCUAAGAAGCACAUAUGGCAUCACUGUGUCUUAACUAUGUGGUAUAGGGCUGGGGAGCUAGCCCUAAUUAUGACAGACCAGCCAUCCUCUAUAUCAUUAUCAUCAUUUGUGUCUGAAAAGAUACACACAUUGGAAAGCAAGUGUAACAUAUCUUCUUUUAAAUAUUAAAUAAUUAUGACACUUAUAAAAUGUAGCGGUGCUUCACAACUUAAAACUGCAAAUGGGAAAAUUAAAAUUUAUAACCUAAUUUUUCCAACUGAUACAACAGAAAGCAAGCUUUGGCGAUACCUGAAAUGCCCAAUUAUCACAUGAAUUAUACUGGCUGGCUAAACUCGUAUUUAUUUGAAUUUUUAAAAACAACAUUUUUAAAGAAAAACGGCACCACGGUUUUUUUUGGGUUUUUUUUUUUAAGAUUAUGACCUUUAACAACCGAUUCUUGAGAAGUUUCCUGCAUUUCCCUGUUCAAUCUUUCAUCCCAAAAAACAUGUAUUGUUCUCGAGGCGGGGGGGAGAGAAAUGGGGCCUGAAUAAGUAAAGAUUUUAAUCCAAAAAUGUCGGCAUGCAAUAAACGCUUUCUUUUUAACAAGGCGGUGAGCAGAAUAAACUUCGGCGAUCGAGGGGGGCAAAAGAGAAAUCCGGGAGGCGGGGGUGCCCCCGGCAGUGCCUGCGGGGAAGCCACCCCGAAAAGUUGGGGAUUUUCCAGGCCUAAACCACCCUCCGCUCCCCGGCGCCGAGUUGAGCAAGUCUGAGCCCGGAGCGGAAUUUUACCGCCGAGCUGGAACGGAGGAGGCGGCGGCGGCGGCGGCGGCGGCAGGAGCGGCAGCUGCAGCGGGAGGGGCUGGCAGAGACCCGCCGCCCUUGCACUUCAUCUUCCCGUCCCUGGCCCGGUUCCUUCUCCUCCGCCCGCCCGCUCGGCCCGGCCCGGCUCCUGGCCUGAAGAGCAGGCGGCUCAGGCGGCAGCAGCGCCGGCUUCUCCCUUCCGCAUUUCCCUGGGUCUCUCUCGGGCAGUGACGUGACGUGCUGACGGCGGCCCGGCCCGGGGAGCUUGGCCGCUUCCACUCAGCUCCGAGCUCGGCCCCUCCCUCCCCUCCGCUCCCGCCCGCCCCGCCGCUGCGGCUCUACCACCGAGAUCGGCCCAGCUACGCGCAGAAAGGCCGCGCAGAGGCCGCCGCCGCCGCCCCGCCCGGUAAGCAGCACGGGACAGGCCCCAGCUAGGCCCUUACCCCGCGCGGGACCAGGCCUCGGCGCCCGCCGACGUGCAGGCCCCGAGAAGGCCGCAGCUAGGCCGCGGGCCCGGGCUCCGUCCUGCAGGAGUGGGCCGUGAGGCCCUGCUCCGGGGCCUAGGCGGCCGCAGCUCGACUUCCAGGAAGGGAAGAGGCGGCGGGGUGGCGCGAGGCGCGCGGGGAAGAGGUCUGAGGCGCGGGGCUGAGGGAGCGAGCGGGGCCGGGGCCGAGUCGGAGGGAGACUGCAAGGAGGAGACAAGAUGGCGGCGGCAAGGGAGGCUGAGGGAGAGUGCCGGCCGCCAUCUUGAAUGCAUCGCUCCUGGCCCCAGACAGUCCCCAUUACGGGCAGGGCAGGGCGGAGACGGCGCCAGUGGGGGAGGCUCGCCCCUCCCCUCCUUCCCCGUCUUGUGCCCAGUUGUCCUGUUCGGCUGCUCGUGGGCCAGCUCCAGCCCCGCAGCCUCCCGCCCCACCGCCGUAGCUUUUGACGGGCUGGGCGGCUUUUCCAGGCGAUUCCGCUGCCAACGAUGCGGUUAAACGAUGUCCCGUCUCCGCGGGGCACGAGCAGCGCACACAACCGCCCCCAGGCUCCUCUGGAAAGGGGCCCAUGUGCCAGUUGGCGCCAGAGUUUAUUCAAGGGACUCUCUUUUUUUUGGAGGGAGUGUGGGGGAAACCAUAUACAGUAUACAUAAUACUUCAUGUCAGGGAAUAUAGAUGUCUGGCUCUCCAUUCUGGGGAAGACCAACUGGCUUCAUUGUGAAGGGGAUGCGGGGUCGCUUGACAUCUUCCGUGGGGUGUUAACACUUUAGUGGGGUAGAGGUGGCGCAACGCUAGAAACCAAAUUAAAAACGCCACACUAGGCAGGCUUAGUACAUUUUUGCAGUCUUCAGCUCAAGCUCACCCAAUUAAAAAGGAAAAGCAGUUUUCUCUGGGUAACCCACAGUGCAGCCUCUGGGAGUUUCACUCACGUGUUAGGAUGUCAGACAAAGUGCCUCGAGGUGUGGGAUUAGUGGUUUUUGUGUUUCUUAACUAAUAUGUGGAGUAGACAGGUCGGGUUACUGUGAAUCGGGAAGGCCACUGAAAGUUAAUAUAUCUGCUGUGUCUAAAACAAUAAAAAGUAAUUGCCAAAUGAACGUCUGAAAAGCUAAUGGUGAUUGCGUAGAGAACAUCUUUCAGUUUUAGGGACAGUGGGAAAGGGCUACUAACGUACAACUUGCUUUAGGGAGGGAAAAAACAUUAUUUACUAAAGUCUCCUGUGAAGUGUAUACGACACAAUCAGGCAGGGAGAUGAGAUUGUAAAAUGAUUUUCUGGAGUAAAUAUAUAUAUUUCCGUGUGUGUGUAUCCACUUUCUGCAGAGUGAGUAGAAGCAGAAAAUAAUGUGCGUGGUAAUUUCCCUGGAUGUUUGAUAAUAAAUUUCAGCUUAUUUUGGACUCAACAGCAUUUGUGCAAUAAGCAAAUCAAAAGCUUUUAACUGUCCCAAACUUCUGUGAUGUUGAAAUGCAUGUAGAGUAGUUUUGCUUGCGACUAAGGAUGCAGUUCGAAAAACACAGUUUCUGUUUAUUCCUUGCACAUUAGCAUCUCAAUAUUUCAAAUUUUCAUUAUGAAUAAAUCAUGGAUUUACUUAAAAAAGCAACUUAUUGCUCACAAGUAGCAAGAAACUUUUGGUAAUGCUGCUACUCAGCGGCUUUUCAUACCAUUACUAUGACAUACUUCUGCCCCUCCUGUCUGCGUUGGAGACACCAUGUUACAGUGGCUCCACUUCUUCCUGAAUGGUCCAAGAAGGUGGUUUCUGCUCUGCUUCAUGACAUGCAAAAUGCCUCGGGGUUCUAUUUUAUCUCAGUAUUAUCUUCAGUAUUUAGAAGCCAUGGGAGACAGUUGAGAGAAGUCAUUGGGAGGUCUGAGUUGCAAUAUUAACAGUUGUCAUGGACUGGCUGAAUGCAGAGAAGUGGUGGGAGGCACCAGCUGGAAAACCACCCAGGGAAAAAAGGAUCAGAGCCAGGGAACUGGUGGUGGGAUAACGAUGGGUGGUCAGAGGGAGAAGGCUGGGGGGAGGAAGUGUCGGAAGCUGAACAGGUAAGAGGGUUUGGUGAGCAGGAAGAGUGUGGCAGAGUCCAGAACCAGAGGCAGAAGAGGAGGCUGGAGAGGAGGGGGGCCAAGAGGCAGAGAUGAGUCAGGCUGCUGAAGAAGGCAAGGAGUUUCCCCCUCCUGUGGCAAGCUCUCUUUCCCCCUGGUCUCCCAGAACCCAAAGAGGUGUGAAGAGGGAGGAAUAAAGACAGGCAAGGGGAAGAAGUCACAGGUUGCUUGGGAAGGACCCUGGGGGAAGAGAGACUUAGGGAGUUGUGGGAAGGCACCAGCUGCCUCUUGGGGCCAAGACCUACUAGGAAGAGUUACUGUGCUCACUGGGCCUGAGCUGUUUUUGUUUAUUUCAAUAAAGAGUUAACUGACACCUUGUGAGUUAUUGCUGACCUGCUCCCAACUCCUGUCUUGACAUAAAUAUGCAGAUGACAUUCAGCUCAGUCUCUCUUUUCCACCUUUUCAUCCCAAGAAGGCUGACCAGAUAUCGGGAUGCAUAUUGGAAGGGAUGAGAUGGUGGGAGGAAGGCAGAAACCUAAUUCAGAUAAGAGGUUCUGUGGGUUGAGAAGUUGGCUGAUCUCAAUAGAGGUGUGAGACCUGUUCCAAAUAGGGUUGCACUUUUGUUGAAAGAGCAGUUAUGCAGCUUGGGGGUGCUCUUGGAUUCAUUCCUGUCCAGAGAUGCAUAUAUAGUGGCAGUGGCCAGAAGUACCUUCUACCAGCUCAGGAUGAGUCAAACCUGGCCUCAGUUAACCAUGCACUCGUGUCCUCCAAAGUGGACUACUGUAAUGUUGUAUCCAUGGGGGCUGCCUUUGAUGAUGGGUCAGAAAAUUUAGUUGGUGCAAAAUGUGGUAUAUACAUACAGAUAGAGGCCAGAAAGUCUUCUCAUCUAACACUGUUUCUACACCAGCUGCAAUAAUUACCAGUAUGGUUCUGGGCCCAAUUCAAAGUGCUGUGUUUAUCUUUCAGGUUUGCUUAAGGAUUGCCUUUAUCUGUACAGCCCAGCUUGUGCCCUAAAACAGGAUUGGGAAAACUUUGGCUCUCCAAAUGUUGCUGGAUUACAGCACCCAUUAUCCCUGAUUAUUCACCAUGCUUGCCUUGGGGCCAAUAGGCAUUGUAGUUCUGAGGCAUCAGAAGGGCCACAGGUUCCCCACCCUUGUCCCAAGAUCUUUUUCAGAGGUCCUGUUUGUAUGUCUGUCAAUAAGAUAAACUAGGCUGUGGAGCACAAGAAACAAGACCUUCUUGGUGAUGGCCCCACAGUUUUAGUGUACAAUAGUACCUCUGCUUAUGUAACCCUAUCAUUACAUAAACUUCGUGAUGUGUAAGUGGCAAACUCAGAAGUAUUUUAACAGGUUUUUGCUGCACAUACAUGCACAGAAGUGGUCCUCCGGUUGUGAAAACCUCGGGAUCCGGCCGGACCUCCAGAACGGAUCCCAUCCGCAACCAGAGGUACCACUGUAAUUGACCUCUUCCAUAUUUUUUUUUAAUAGUUUUGAAGAAAACCUCAACACUGCCAUUUCUUAAGAUUGUAAAUGAGCAGCUUUCUAAUGUUAAUACAGACCUCUCUAAUAUAUCUCAUAUAGCUUUGUAUCGUUCAUUUUCAUAUAUGUUGCUUUCUGAAAGCCACAAAGAUAUUUUGAAUGAACAAAUACAUACAGUGAAGUAGGAGUGUUUUGCCCUGAAAGCUGUAUUUUCCUGCCCCCACUGGAUAUAGCAAGCAGUGUGUGCAUAUCACUUUGUAGUCUUGGGGCAGGUCCUGAGGAAUUUACUCUUUUCUUGACAAUAUUUUUCCCUCUUGGGAUUCUUUUCAUCCAUGAACUGAGUUCAAUAUGCAUGCCACAUAAAUAUUGGAGCGUCUUCAUUUUUAUUUUAUAGACAUUUCUGACUGAUGAGAGUUAAAGGCCAUGGAUGAAGAUGGGCUUGAGCUACAGCCACAUGACCCACAUGCGUUUUUUGAUCCUACAGGUAUGACAGUCUAAAAUGGAUUUCUCUAAUGCAUGAUGUAGUCUAUUUGGUCUUUACUGAAUGACACCAGACUGGUUUUUUUAUUAUUAUUUUUAAAUUUCUCUACUCCCCUGCCUGAAAGUCUAAAUUCAUUCUGUUCCAUAGUUAACAUGUUUUGAGAAGUACCUUGAUGCUAAAAGAACUACCAACCACCACUAAAAUGCACUAUAUAAUCUUUUAAGUAUUUAUGUACUAAUAUUGUUGUUUACCAUUUCUCUAGAAUAAGACAAUAACAAUAAUUAUUUUCUUUGGAUACCAAGUAUAACGCGGGUUGCUUAGGAGCUUGUUACAGAAUGGGAAGACUGAGAUAGUUGACAACUGGGUUAGCGCUUCCUAACCUUUACAUACAUUUUCAGUUCUCUGUUCUUUUUAUCAGUUUUAACAUCUUCCUAUACUUUCCACAAAGUCCUACCCACCUGACACUUUUUCUCAGUGAAUUCUAGGUCAUUCCAACCUUCUGUGAUUUUGAAGGCACAAUAAGACCAGCAGGAGCUAACAAGAAGCUUGUAACUUUAUAACCAUAUGGAAUGUGUCACAUAGGGAAUAAUCCAAGAACUUGCAUACGAUGUGUGGGGAAAGAAGUCAUAAAUAGAUCUCAUUUUCAUGAAACCUGAAACUAUACUGUCACCGUAACCUUGAUUAUUUUUAUGUAUUUCAGGAACUGAUGGAACGCAUUUGAAUGGAAAUGAGAUUGUUGUUGAAAUACAGGAAACAGUCUAUGUCUCAGAUGUGGAGGAUUCUGACAUAACAGUUCAUAACUUUGUCCCAGAGGAUCCUGAUUCUGUAGUAAUCCAGGAUGUAAUUGAGGACGUUGUUAUAGAAGAUGUUGAGUGUCCAGAUAUCAUGGAAGAUACUGAUGUAUCUCAAACUGUUAUUAUGCCUGAACCAGUGCUGGACACUGAUGUCACUGAGGAAGUGUCUUUAGCACACUGCACUGUUCCAGAAGAUGUUUUAUCCUCUGAGAUCACAGCUUCAGCAAUGUCGAUACCUGAGCAUGUUCUCACAAGUGCAUCAAUGCACGUACCUGAUGUUGGACAAUUGGAACAUGUUGUUCAUGAUCAUAGUAAUGUUGUAGAAGCAGAAAUUGCCACAGGUUCUCUGGGAGAAGAUGUAGUUUCUGAAGUUUUGAUAGCAGAUUGUGCCUCUGAAGCUGUAAUUGAUGCCAGUGGAAUACCUGUGGAACAUGAUAAUGAUAAUGACAAGGGCAACUGUGAAGACUACCUUAUGAUUUCCUGUAAGUGUCUGGGUGAAGUAUUUCAAAAGCCACAAAUUUAUUUACAAAUUCCUUAAUCCAGAGUACUUCUGUUGCUUCACUUUUAAUCCCUUGGACUUCUGUGGUGUUAAUCUAUGCUAAGUACACUUGUAGUAAUUUAAGUAGCUGCUGGUGAGUUGGGGAGGGGUGGAGAGAAGAUGGCAACCAUCAUAUUGCUCAGUGGUUGUGAGUCUUGAUUUGAUUGCUCUCCACCACCACUUUGUCAAGAGGAACCGAGGAUGAGCUGGACGAGAAGAGUAUGCAGGGUUUAGGAUGGUUGCUGUAACAUGAACUGACCCUGUAUGUUAUGUCAGCACAGCACUAUACCUUGGUAAUACUAUGCUGACAAAUGGCAUUCAUUUGUCAAAUGCAACAUAGCAGCAAUGCACAAAGUCAUUUGAAGGCAUAGCACUAGGCAGAGAAAGCAUGUGGUGGGAAUUGUUUGGGGAGAACUCUCAUAAUUGUCAGGCUAUUUAGCUAGCAUGAUUCCACCAAUGUAAUGCUGUAUGAUGCAUAGUAGAAUUUUUAGAACUUUCUAGAAGCAUAGUAGGAUGGGUGAGUUUGUUUAUAGCCUAGGCACAGGAUAUCAAUAAAGUGCACUAGCAUAGCUAUGCAUAGCUAUAAGAUGCAACCUUCUGUUACUCAGCUAUUACCUCUUAUAAAGAUAAUAGAUCCCACCUCUGUAUUCUCAUAUAUCAAUGUUCUAAAUUCUUAGUCUGUUUUAAAACUAUAUAUACUUGUUCUUCUCUUCAAACAAAAUAUAAAUCCACACCCUUUAUAAUUUGAUGAGAAUGCUUAUACAAUAAUUAUGCCAAGUGAAAGUUUCCCUAUUACCUCAUUCUUUGCUUUCAGCCUCCCAAACAAGCUCUACCAGUUUUUAAGUCAUGAGUUUGAUUCCUAAUUUGGUGUUGCCUUGGCCAGUCUAUAGCAGUUUAUCAGGCAAAAUGAAAACAUGCUUCUAAAUUCAAAUCUCCACUUUUUACAUAAUUCAUGUAUCUGUUUAAUGUGCCAUGUGGCAAACUGUAGAAGGAGUGUUCUGAGGCUUCGGCAGUGGUUCUCAAACUCACAAUGUCUCCAUUCCGUUCCCAGUAAAGUUGCAACCUAGUAUUGGCAAAAACAAAAGAUGUAGCAAGCAGGGUGGAAUGGAAAUUGAUGAGACAGGCUGUAUGAGCUUGCCUUGCACAGAAUUCCAUUUCAGCUGUUGUGGCACAAAUAGAGGUGUGCACUACCUCAUAUAUACAUCUAGGUAGAAUUGUGCUGUGCUGCAUCACCAUCAGCAUUUUCACUGUGUUGAUAGAUCAUGAGAGCACAAUUUAGUUAUUCAUUUUAUUUCAUGAAAAUUAUAUACUGUUUGAUUGUAGCAAAAACCUCAAAUCAGUUUUUUUCUAUUUAUAAUCACCCCGCUUUCCUCAAGGCAAUUACAGAUUUAAUUGUUUCGCAUUUGGCUAUUACUAAGGCAAACUACAAAGAAACUCGCAUUUUACUUUUAACACGGCUAUUAUGUGACUUUGGCAUGUGGGAUCCUCCAGCCCCCAGGCCUAAUUAGGCUCACCAGGCUUCUCCAUUUGACUUGCAAGACCAGUUUGGACAAGCCACAGUCACCUACCCUACUCCUGAUUUUAUCGGGUGUGGGGCAGAUGAAGGCACAAGCCAAAAGGGCUUUGCAUGCACCAUUGAUCAGCCGAUGUGUAAAGAGGGGCUUGCAAGCACCCACAGUCAGCUGACUGGUGGGUCUUGCGAAGCCCAGUGUAUAGUGCUCACAAAGUUCUGGCAAUCAGGUUGUUGGGGCUUUUGAGUACUGUGCACAGAAGUCUGCAGAAUUCCCACAGUAAGCUGGUUGGUGGGUCUAGUCCAUAAACUGCAGUCAGUCAGCUGGUUGUCAGGUCUUGUGAAGCCCAGUGGACGUGACUGAGCCAGCUAAGGAUCCAACUCAAGUAUGAGAACUUUUAUGAAAUGCUUGGUUCACCAGGGGUGGAAGAGAUAAUGAUCCAGCCCAGCAGCCUAUUCCAGUUCCCCACUCCGUGUUGCUUCCCCGAUUUAUUACCAUUUUUCAAGUUUGGUCACAGUUAUUAGUUAAUUAAGAGAAAUAGGCAGUGCGGGAGAGCAUUUUGAAUUUAUCUUCUUAACAUAUCUCACUAGUUUUCAUGUAACUAGAAUAAUAAAUUAUAUAAACAUUUCUUUCACUGUCAUUUAUAGUUUUACUGCAUUUAAAAAUAUUUCUACAAUUGAAAUGAUAAAUUUUUGUCUUACUGCAAUCAGUUUAUGUUGGAUUGACCAUUUUAUUGUUUUUUUUCUGUAGUGGAUGAUGCUGUCAAGGCAGAAACUGAUUCUGUUGACCUGACAAGAAAAACUGUGUCAGAAAAUGAUCCCUGUAAAAUGGAUGGCAUUUGCCCAGAAGUCAUCAAGGUGUAUAUUUUCAAAGCUGAUCCAGGGGAAGAUGACUUAGGUACAGCAUUCUAUUUUAUUUUAUUUUAAAACUUAAUCUAAACAUCAGUAAUUGGAGGUCGAAGGACAAAAGCUGUGCUCUUGAGAGCUAUCAUAAGACUCCUCCUUUCCCUCUAGUUGCCAAACUAGAAAUAAAAAUGGUGGAGAAUCUGGCCUUUCUGACAUGUUGGCUGGUAGCAAUAGAAAGUGGAAGUUAAGGUUUAGGCCCACUAUCCCUUGUUCUUCUCAACAUAUCUCCAGGAAAUUAGUUGCUGAGUCUUAACCUUUCAUAGUAUCUCCUUUUAUUUGACUCGGGCUUCUUUCAGAUGUUGUGUGGGGAAAGUGUAGAUUAUUUUUUAUUGCUUAUAUUUAAACCAUAAUUUAGUAGAAACAUGCUUUUACAAAAUACUUUGACCAACUUUUCCCCCCCACCCCACCCAGGAGGCACAGUAGAUAUUGUGGAAAGUGAAUCUGAAAAUGACAAUGGAGACACAUUAAUGAAUCAAAAUAGCAGUGUUCGCAUUCCAAGGGAAAAAAUGGUUUAUAUGACAGUAAAUGAUUCCCAGCAUGAAGAUGAAGAUUUAAGUAAGUAUUUGGCCUUUAUUUAGGGUUAAGAAUUUGUUUAAAAUGACACAAAAUUUGUAUUAUAUUGUUUUUUCUUCUCUUAGAUGUUGCAGAAAUUGCUGAUGAGGUAUAUAUGGAGGUAAUUGUAGGAGAGGAAGACGCAGCAGCUGUUCACGAACAGCAAAUUGAUGAGAAUGAUAUUAAAAGCUUUAUGCCGAUAGCUUGGGCAGCAGCUUAUGGUAUGUUGUAAAUCAAAAGACACUUCCCUGUAGUGUUAGCUCAUGCCAAAUGAAAUUGGCUCCCACUCCUAUUUUGUGCAAACAAGCAGCCACAUGGUGGCUGCUGGGUCGUGAGCAGUUUAUGGGUAAUGUUUGCUUUUGGCAUCUUUUUAUUAUCCAACAAUGUUGGUUUGUGAUAGGGUGAUGAAAUCCAUAGUAUGAGUCACGAACAAGUGUGGCAAGAGGCUCACUGUGUGGAGCAGCAUUCAAAGGUUUCUAUUUGAAUGUGAAUCUGACUUCAUUCAGUGCCCAGGUUGACUGCAAAAAGGCACAGAACAACCAUUUACUAACUUAAUAUUUUAUUACCAUGUAUAGAUUCCGUAUUUUGAAUAUUCCUUAGAGUGCUGAUGAUAUGUAACAUUCAAUCCUCCAUUAGGUAAUAACACAGAUGCAGUUGAAAACCGAAAUGGAACAGCUAGUGCUCUCUUGCACAUAGAUGAGUCUGCUGGUCUUGGAAGGCUAGCAAAACAAAAACCAAAGAAAAGGAGGAGGUUGGAAUCCAGACAAUAUCAAACAGGUAAGUACCCAGCGACUCUAGUGACUAUGAUGAUUGCCUGUCAAGAGAAAGAGAAUAGAAAUGCAUUUUCUGUGAGCAUUUUAAAGGUUUUAAAAGCACUACCAUGUAGAUGCAUUCUUUUUGUGGUUUUCUACUUUAACAAUAUCACAAGCACACAAAUUUAGAACUGUUAACAGAAAGAACGAAUAAAUUCCUUGAAAAGUCAGGUUUCGGCAGAAAAUUAUUCAUAGACACACCGUGUAUACCUAUUGAUGUAAAUCGCCAAGUAAAGGUAAAGGGACCCCUGACCGUUAGGUCCAGUCACGGAUGACUCUGGGGUUGCGGCGCUCAUUUUGCUUUACUGGCCGAGGGAGCCGGCAUACAGCUUCCGCGUCAUGUGGCCAGCAUGACUAAGCUGCUUCUGGCGAACAAGAGCAGGGCACGGAAACGCCGUUUACCUUCACAUGGACACAAGACUCGUUGGGAAACAUCACCCAGUUCAAAAUAUCAAAGUCAGGAGGCAUCUCUCACCCAAACAGAGUGUCCCCCUGGAAGUAUUCAAACACUGGAUUUCUUUUAAGAAAGGGUGAAGCGGGAAUGACAGGGGAAAUACCAGCAUCAAGAAACCACAAAAACAUGUUGAAUUUAUCAGUCACUACUCACUGUGAGCUCUGCACGCCAAGCACUUCCCACAGGAAAGGCUGUUCUCAGUGCCAAGAUAUGAAUAAAAUAGCCGUACCUAUUUAUCUACUUGCACUUUGAUGUGCUUUCGAACUGCUAGGUUGGCAGGAGCAGGGACCGAGCAAUGGGAGCUCACCCCAUUGCGGGGAUUUGAACCGCCGACCUUCUGAUCAGCAAGCCCUACGCCCUGUGGUUUAACCCACAGCGCCACCUAUAGCCCAAACAGCACUAUUCACACACAAAAGGGAGAUACCAGUAGGUUUUGGGAACCCUGAAGUUUGUAAAACUAUCCCCCCCCCCAAAAAAAACCCCAAACCUUUAAGGGGGGGAAAGCUUGAGUGGGCCAGAGCCAAAAACAUUGCAGUGAGAACUGAACUGGAAUGCUAACUAAUUUUUGGUGGUGGAGUGCAGGGUGAACUGGAGUAUCCUGGAAGACAACUUGGUUGGUUGGAACCUCAAAGGAGAGUUACCUGCACUCACUUAAUUAUAGUGGGAGAUUAUGUAGAUUGCAUACGUAGCUAUGCUCUGUACAUUACUUCAAUAUAGAGUACCUUUUACCAAAAAAUUGUUCAGUUUCUGGCAUUUUGUUUUGGGGCGGGGAUGAGGGUUAGACAAAAAGUUUGUAAUUUUUAGAAACAUCUCUAAUGGACUCAAUGUAAUAAAUUACAUCAAUUUAUAAAUUACUUACAAAUCCUCAAGAUGUGACUCACUUCAUUGUAAAGACGGGUUAACACAAGUGUUUUUGUCUUUAAGAAUGCACAAGUCCCUAGUAACCAAAAUGCAAAGAAAAUGAAAUUGCACUAAGAUAGAGCACGUGGACUCACUGAGGAAGGCAGCAGUUAAAGUAAACCCUACCCAACACCUCCUAUGAAGUCGUACUGAUGCAAACAUAUCCCCAGCGUUUUUAGGGAGAAAAGAAGUUGUUAGAUACAUUAUUCUCUUGCAACUACUGCCAAUGACUGAUGCAUAAAAUGUGAGAGGAUAUAUGCAUCUCUUGUGCUCCUAUUGGAAGCAUAGGCAUAGCAGCUAUAAGCACUGCCGUCCUGGCAGCCCCAACAGUUACGUAAUACGCAUGCAUGGAGGGGAGGGAUUACUAUAGCAGUUCUGCCCUUUUGGCAUAGCUCCGGUGGUGGAAGCAUGGUUGUUGUUGUUGUUGUUGUUGUUGUUGUUGUUGUAUGCCACCAUUCAAAGAUCACAGGAUGGUUCACAACAUAAAAAUACAAAAUGAAAAUACAUAAUAAAACAUUUCAUCAAGCUCCAUGUAUUCUUUGUCUGGAUUGACUUGCUUCUCAUAUUUGUUUUGAUUGCACAAUGAUUAUAUAUAAUUCUUAUCUUAUGCUACCUGUUUGCAACUGUUAUUUUGGAUUAUAGUUAAUAUUAACAUUUCUAGUAGCUUACUCACUUAUCUGAGCCAUACAAAGCAACAGAGAACAAAUAGUUGCCUUCAGUUUUAAAAUUAGAAAUUCCUGUACUGGUGGACUCUUUUGGAAACAGUUGUCCUCAAACCUGACAAACCUGAUUCAUCCACUGCAAAGACUCCUAUUAUUACAAGGCACCUUUAAGAGAUCUUGGGUUCUGCAGUUACUGACAUGUCAAGGUAUUCCUUUAUGCAGGUUUAAUUUGCGUAAUUAAAGGAUGUGUUAGCACUUGACAUUGCUACCAAAUACUGAAGUGCUGCAAGUCUUCCCCCAUUUGUGUUGAAUGAUUUUGCUUUAGUUCUGACACAUUAUUGUGGCUAAUUUAAUUUAACAGAGGUAAUAUUGCCAGCCAAUAUUUAAAUCCUAUGGAUUUCAGUGAGUGGGACGGCAAUCCUUUACCUACUUAUCUGGGAAUAUGCCUUGUUAACUCAGUCAGACAUAUAUAGGAUUGCACUAAUAAGUAUGUGUUUGACUGUCACUAAAAUGAAUAAGAUUUUGAAGUGCAUAACUUCAACUUACAUAGCUGUUAAUACACAUAUCAGCAUAUUUCUUUUCUGUUUAAGGAGUGCCAUUUUCAUGAUCUGGGUUUUGCUUUUAUUUUACAGCAAUAAUAAUUGGGCCCGAUGGCCAUCCUUUGACAGUCUACCCCUGUAUGAUUUGUGGGAAGAAGUUUAAAUCUAGAGGCUUCCUGAAAAGGCACAUGAAAAACCACCCUGAGCACCUUCUUGCUAAGAAAAAAUAUCGAUGUACUGAUUGCGAUUACACUACAAAUAAAAAGUUAAGUUUGCAUAACCAUCUAGAGAGCCACAAGCUUACUACCAAGACCGAGAAGCUAAUUGAAUGUGACGAAUGUGGGAAAAGUUUCUCUCAUGCAGGGGCUUUGUUUACACACAAGAUGGUGCACAGGGACAAGGCAGCAAACAAAAUGCACAAGUGCAAAUUCUGCGAGUAUGAGACAGCAGAGCAGGGAUUACUGAAUCGUCACCUUCUGGCUGUGCACAGCAAGAACUUUCCACACAUUUGUGUGGAAUGUGGCAAAGGAUUUCGGCAUCCGUCAGAGCUCAAGAAACACAUGCGAAUCCACACCGGUGAAAAGCCCUACCAGUGCCAAUAUUGUGAGUAUAGAUCGGCUGACUCUUCCAACCUGAAAACUCACGUAAAGACUAGACACAGUAAGGAAAUGCCCUUCAAAUGUGACAUUUGUUUUCAGAUAUUUUCAGAUACCAAAGAGCUGCAACAGCACAUCAUUAUGCAUCAAGAAAGCAAAACACAUCAGUGUCUGCACUGUGACCACAAAAGUUCAAACUCGAGUGAUUUAAAGCGACACAUAAUUUCCGUUCACACAAAGGAUUACCCCCAUAAGUGUGACAUGUGUGACAAAGGCUUUCACAGGCCCUCAGAACUGAAAAAACAUGUUGCAGUGCACAAAGGUAAAAAAUUGCACCAGUGUAGACAUUGUGACUUUAAGAUUGCAGAUCCGUUUGUUCUAAGUCGCCAUAUUCUCUCAGUUCACACAAAGGAUCUUCCGUUCAGGUGCAAGAGAUGUAAGAAGGGCUUCAAGCUGCAAAUGGAACUCAAAAAACACAUGAAAACACACAGUGGUAGAAAAGUUUAUCAGUGUGAGUUCUGUGAGUAUAGCACUACAGAUGCCUCAGGUUUCAAACGGCAUGUUAUUUCCAUUCAUACAAAAGACUACCCUCACCGUUGUGAGUUCUGCAAAAAAGGCUUCAGAAGACCUUCAGAGAAGAACCAGCACAUUAUGCGGCAUCAUAAAGACAUUGGGCUUCCGUGAGGACUCCUUAUUCUAUGAAAUUUAGAAGGGUGUGUGUAAAAGAUUCGCUUUCUAGGCAGUCAUUGUAUUAUAAAGCAGAUCACACAAACAAACUAGCGUGCAUUUGAUUUAGUGCUGUAUACAGAUAGGAUUAUUGCUUCUAGUUGACUUUUAUACAUUUUGUUCAUUAGUGUGUUCUGAAUUCUCUUCCGUUUAAUAAAUGAGGAAGGAUAGCAACAAUAAAGUUGCAUUUAAUAAAGUAAACCCUGUCUCAAAAUGAAUUUUUCAACCACAUUUGUUCUCUGAAAUAUUUACCUUACUGACAUGGUUCAUAUUCAGUGACCAUAUUAACAGUUUUGUCAUGAGUUAAAGAUAUAUUUUUAAUUUGCUCUUAAUAAAGCAGUCAUAAAGAGAUUGUAUAAAAUAAACUGGAGGAAAUUAAUGUAAGAAGAUAACAUUGUACCAUAGGACCCACUUAUUGUUUCAUCUGAUAUUUAAAAAUUUGUGACACAAUCUUCAUUUGAGUAGUUACUCAUUACAAUUCUCCAUCAUUUGGAUUUCUUUUUACAUAAUGUUUAAUUCUUCCAUGAUAAGUAAUAGUUGGUUGCUGGGAGCAUUUAUUUUCAGGAAGUGUGAAUUUAUAACUUCAGGCAUUUGUUCAUACAUAUUAACUAUGUGCUUCUCUUUGGGUUCUGUAUUACAAAUGCAUUUGUGUUUUGAAACUUAUUGCUGACUCAUAGUGCAUAUGGAUACAUUUGUUUCAGUUGUUGGCAGGAUCUAUUGACAGUUGUUAAGGUUACCCCAAAUUAAAAAUCAUUUUUGUUACACGACUCCAUGAAAUAUUUGGUCCAAUCAUAUUUUUAACUAUCCACCAGCAGCCUUGGACAGCUUUUCAAAGAGUAUAAACUGUAUAAAGGGAGCACAUUAGAUGGAGCAAUAAAGAAUAGGAACAGAUGCUAUCUUCAUGAAGAACUUGUUUUCCAGCAACUUUUUGUAUAUUUUCUCUAUUACUCUCUUAGGAACACAGGGUGAUAUCCAAUGUUUCUCCCUCAGCUGAUGGAAGGAGUCGAUGUCAGUAGGCAAACAAGGCAGUUUUCAUUGAUUCCUCCUCCCCAGUGCAGCCCCUCCAAAAUCUACUGUGGAGAGUCCUCAGUACAGAGAGGAGCACAGAGAGCUACAAGGAGGAGUAAUUGUCUCCUUCCCCCUGUAAAACAUUAGAUGUCACAGCUUUUCUUAAAGAAUCGUUUCAGUAACAAGCAUGUAGUGGUCCUUCAAAUCAGUUUAUUAAGUAGUAAUUGUCUAGAGUUUGUCUAGUUCUUCCUUAUCUGUUUAUACCCUUCUGGAUAGAUGUUGCAAUGAUCACCUGUGCUCUGAAAGCUAAGGCUGCCACAACCUGCUUCCCGGCAAACAAUGUACUCUUAUGAAUUUGCAAAGUGCAGUAAAACAGGGUGGGGUGGGAACUCCAAAGUAUGCUGUAAGGGAUGACAUCUUAGUGAACGUACAUAGUCUGGUGUGUUUGGCUUGUUGGCUUCUUCAACCCCUUCCCUUCUGUUUUGGUCCCAAAAGUACACUGGUCAAAUAUAAUGAGAUGAGACGCAAGUUCCAAAUGAACAGUUUUUGCUCUAUGCUUCCUUCGCCUCUCAUCAGAAACACAAUAUCCCUAUGGUAUGUGGCCAGAAAAUACAAUGUCUGUACAUUUCUUCAAAUAAAUACCUCAGUAUUCCUGGGUUGAUUGGUUUUGCUUAAUGGAAACAAGAAUUACUUGAGACAGCCAUAUGUAAACAAAAACACUUGAUGUGCUAACAUAAAACAUUUUGUUUUAUACAAACCUAAGUGUGUCAGAUUUAUGUGCAGCUGUGUUUGUUUCUGACCUUUUGUGUUUGGAUUGUUGCAUGUUCACCAAACUCCUGGAAUAGAUAGUGGGGACCUCUAGUAAUCAGGUGCACUCAUGACUUCAGCUCCAAGAUGCACAUGGCCAUUUCUUUAUCUUUUAAUAGAUUUAAGCAGCGCCUGUAGAAUCCUGUAAAAGAUUCGUGGUGGUUUCUUCACUGUGGGAUUAUGGCCUGAAAGCCUGGUCCUAAAAGCACUUGUACUCAUUGAUUCAGUGGAAACUUAGGUGCCUCAAUUUUCAUUGAAGUCCUGCCCAGAUAUCCAAAUAAUUUACAAAAGUUAUUUUCAAGCCUGUUAAAAAGUUAUUAAACCUCAAAUUCUCAGUCUGCUGCUGAAAAGUAUUAUCCAUAUUGAAAAACUCUCUUCUUGGACAAUUACUCAAAUUGAGAACAAAAAAGUGACCCACUUCCUAUUUUUUUAACAUCAUCUGGAAUCGUAAAUACUUGUUUUGAAGCAUAAUUUUGGAAAUGUACGCAAUUAAGAGUUUAGUGAAGUGGAUUUUGUACAAUGUAUCUGUAAAAAGAGCAAAUCAAAACUAGUUAUUGUUAAUGUAAUAAUAGUUACAGGCUAGUUUUAUUUGAUUAGCGAAUGCUAUAAAAUUGAUGUUUCAGUUCCAUGUUUUAAAUGGUACAUUAAAAAAAAAAACAACUGAGAACAUAAUAUAAAUAAUUGUUCUGUAAAAAUGCUUGUUAAAUACUAUAUGUCCCUCCCUGUGUACACUUUGUAAAAAAAGAAAAAGAAAAGAAAUAGAGUCCUAUAUAGGGAUGUGUAACGUUGUAUUGUGUACUUGAUGAUAAUGUGAAAAAAAUAAAAAUCAGACUAUUUUCCUGUUAA